AUGAUGAACAGGAUGCCAAUCGAGAAUCGGGAUACGGGUCCUGAUCCGUUUACGGUACUUGCAUGGCCAUCCACAACGAUUCCUCCGCGUUUUGCCGAGAAACCAACCGAUGCCAUAUAUGAUACGGUUAAGAUCGUGAAUCUGUGCCCCUUUUGA